GUUGUAAACAAAGAAUGCAAAACACCAAAACAGAAUGUAUUUCUUUCUCUCUCUCUUCUUAAAAACGAGUUUUCAAUGAUUAAAAACUGCCAGCAAAUCACAUGCACUCUUCUCACCCUUUACACCCUCUGUCGGCACCUCCUCCCUCCUUCUUCACCUCCUCCCUCCUUCUUCACCUCUUAAUAAUCUCUCUCCUCACUUCACUUCCCCCAGCAAAACAAACACACCCUUACUUCUUUAACCAAUAAAAAAAAAAAAUGAAGAAAGAAGGUUUACCGGUCACCGGCGGAGUCACCGGUAAACCCAUCGGAAAACUCCUUUUAUGUUUCGAAACUAAACCAUUUCUCGCAACUCUCAUCACUUUCUCUCUUGUUUUACUCGUUUGGAAUCUCCAACCUUAUUAUGACCAGCUACUUUCUCUCUCUAUCUCCUCUUCUUGCCACUGCCACGUCACUCCCCUUCUUAACUCCACCAUCACCAACACCAUCACCACCAACACUACCACCGACAUAUCCGCCAUUAAUACCGUUAGAAAACCUCGUAUUUUCCCAACAUAUAAAGACCCGAACAAACGAGAAUUCAAACCGUACGGAAACGCGGCAGCGUUGUUCGUACAAAUGGGGGCCUACAGAGGUGGACCCACUUCAUUCUCCGUCAUCGGACUCGCUUCAAAACCCAUCCACGUGUACUCACAACCAUGGUACAAAUGUGAGUGGGUCCCAAACCCGACUACCAUAAACGGGUCGACCCACCAAGCCCAACCCACCCGAACAAAAGCGACGAAAAUCCUUCCUGACUGGGGGUACGGAAGAGUCUACACUGUCGUCGUCGUAAACUGCACUUUUCCGACGAAUCCAAACGCCGAUAAUUCCGGGGGGAAGCUUCUUCUAUACGCUUACUAUUCUCUCUCUUCUAGAAACUUCGAGAAGUUCACCGCACUUACAGAAUCACCUGGGUCUUAUAACGACACCGUUUACACUUCACCCCCGAAAUACGACUACCUCUAUUGUGGGUCCUCUUUGUAUGGUAACCUUAGUGCUUCGAGAAUACGAGAAUGGUUAGCGUACCAUAGUUGGUUUUUUGGGUUAAAUUCACACUUUGUGUUUCAUGAUGCUGGAGGUGUUUCUGAAGAUGUUAGGAAAGUUCUAGAACCUUGGGUUAAGUUAGGGAGAGUUACAGUACAAGAUAUUAGAGAGCAAGAGAAUUAUGAUGGGUAUUAUUAUAAUCAGUUUUUGGUGGUUAAUGAUUGUUUGCAUAGGUAUAGAUUUGCGGCGAAAUGGACGUUUUAUUUUGAUGUUGAUGAGUAUAUUUAUGUUCCUCAAGGAAAUUCGCUUAAGAAUGUUAUGGAGGAAUUUGAUGGGUUUACUCAAUUUACUAUUGAGCAAAAUCCUAUGUCUAGCUCUCUCUGCUUGAAUGAUUCUUCUCAAGAUUAUUCCAGGCAAUGGGGUUUCGAGAAGCUCGUAUUCAGGGACUGGAGAACCCGAAUCCGGAGAGAUAGGAAAUACGCUAUCCAAGCAAGAAACGCGUUGGCCACCGGAGUUCACAUGUCCGAGAACAUUGUAGGGAAGGCACUCCAUCGUACUGAUAAGAAAAUCCGGUACUACCACUACCACAACUCCAUCCAAGUCCCUGGUGAGCCAUGCCGCGUAUUCCUCCCACCUUCGGCCAAGAAAAAGAUUACUAUCCAUGAAAAACUACCUUAUGUUUACGACGACAAUAUGAAGAAUCUCGCUGAUACGAUCAAACGGUCCGAGCGUGAAACUCUUGGAAGUUACCAUCAGCUCCUGUCAUGACACAGCCAAGUACAGUAUUAGGCAUGUUUGGCUGGUAAUGAAGGUAAUGAGAAACAGGGAACUAGGCCCACAUUGAUGGUCCUGGUUCCAGAGGCUGCGGCUGAGGAUGGGUCAAUAAAAGCUGAUGUGGUCUAACCCAUGCUAAUUGUGAUGUAUGGCGAGAAAAUAAAGAGGGUUUGGUAGGUAAGGAAGAUCAUUUUAAAGGAGGAAAUAUGAUGGUGUAGGGUGGUGAGAUGGUAAAAAAAAAAUAAUAAUUAAAGAGGGUUAUGAUAUGAAGAUCCAUGUUAGCCAUAAUCAUUAGGUUAUUGUAAAGAUCAGUUUAAUUUGUCUUGCCUCUAUUUCAUUUGUUCAUUCGUAUAAUCUUUUUUCUUCUGUUUUUUAAUCUUAUAGGGUAAAUGUGUUCUUUUAAGAUUUAAUCAUUCAUGUACUUCCUAUAGAGCAAUAGAAUGGAAUUUUUGUAAAGGUUACGUUUCUAGGACACUAUAUUUAAUUAUAAUGACCACCACUACUACUAGUCUA